CAGAAUAGAUUAACAGGGUUUGUUUAUUUCACAGACCUGUUGAUCCCUCAUUCAUCUGGAUCUGCUGCAAACUCCCUGACUUUUAACAGUUUAUUUCCACUUUCAGCUGUGCUUUUCUAGCCAUUUUUCAGAGUCUCCAACACUAAAGCUCUCUGCUCUUUUCUUCCAGACUGGAUACUCCCUCUCCUCUCCCUUUCCCCUCUCCUUCUGGCACGAGAGGAAGUGAGAGACAGUUGGCACUUGCCCGUCAGUACUGUAUUGGUGGUGGCAAAAUGGCAGCUUCUGUCUCAUCCGUCCUCCUUCCUCUACCUCCCUCACCCUCUCCUCUGAGAGAAGUAACCCAGAUUUCAAAAUGACUCGCUGCCUGUUCCCCUCAAUCCCUCUCCUCUCUCUCUCCCUCUCCCUCUAUCUCUAUCUCCCUCUCUCUUUCUCUCUCUCCAUCUCUCGUCCUUUCCUUAGUAAAAACAGAAACAAUCUUGGAAAGAGAAUACCACCUCUCUAUCUCGUCCUCCUCCUCACCCUGCCUCUGGGUUAACGGAUAUAUACCACUUGACUCUUCUAUCUUUGGUUCCUAGAAAGCUCGAGUCUCUCGAAACGCUUGUUGCUUCCUCUUUUUAUUUUGAUACAUUUUUCUUUCUUUUUAAUUUUUUUUAUUUUGGCUGAAUCCUCUCCACUUGCCUCAGCACUGCUCCUCUGGGGUUUUCUAUCUUUUCCAUCAGUCUUUCUCUUUUUUUUCUUUGAGGUGACCAGCUACAGGUGUGACACCUUAGCCUUUCCUUUUGAAGUGAGCCACACAAAGAAGCGAAAAGAGGGGGAGCGGAAGAAACGAAAGCCAUCCUUCAGUCCUCCAAACUCACCGCAAAUACAGGUCUUUCGCCUGUAUAACUAUAUACCCUCCUUACUGACACUCAUCAUCCGCUCCCUUCCUCCCUACAUCUCCCUCCUCUUGGCUGUAUCCUCCAGGCAUCAUGUCUACCCCGGUCUCCCCUUCCCCCUCCCUCUCCCCAUUGACACUGGCCUCCCCUACAUCAGCAACCUCCCCCGGUGCUUCUCCUUUGCCCUCGCCUCUCUCCCCUCCACCCAGGGUGCCCGUGUUCCAGAGGAAGGGAGCGCUCAAACACAAGAGGAUCGUCGAGGUGAAAGACCAUCAGUUCACGGCCCGCUUUUUCAAACAGCCCACCUUCUGCAGCCACUGCACCGACUUCAUCUGGGGCAUCGGCAAACAGGGAUUCCAAUGUCAAGUGUGCAGUUUUGUGGUCCACAAAAGAUGUCACGAGUUUGUGACCUUCACUUGUCCCGGCUCGGUGACAGCCCCGCGACCAGAUGACCUGAAGAGUCGACACACAUUUAAGGUCCACACCUACUCCAGUCCAACCUUCUGCGACCACUGUGGCUCGCUGCUCUACGGACUCAUACACCAGGGCAUGAAAUGUGCCUGUUGUGACAUGAACGUCCAUCGACGGUGUGAGACCAGCGUUCCCAGUCUCUGUGGCCAAGACCACACAGAGAAGAGAGGGAGAAUCCACCUGACUGUCAGAGGAGAGAAGGAGGACAUCUUUGUCACAGUGCGGGAGGCUCGCAACCUGAUGCCCAUGGAUCCUAACGGCCUGUCAGACCCCUAUGUUAAACUGAAAUUGAUUCCGGAUCCAAAGAGCCACAGCAAACAGAAGACCAAGACCAUCCGCUCCACGCUCAAUCCUGUCUGGAAUGAGAGUUUCACCUUCUCAGUGCGCGGUCACCAGUGGGACAGACGUCUCUCUGUAGAGGUGUGGGACUGGGACCGCACGUCCCGGAACGAUUUCAUGGGAGCGCUGUCAUUUGGAGUGAGUGAGAUCUUCAGGCGUCCCAUCAGCGGCUGGUUCAAACUGUUGGCCCAGGACGAGGGAGAGUACUACAACAUCCCUGUGCCAGACCCAGACUUGCAGGAACCUCAGCCAGACGCUACAACACCCUCUCUGCCUCAAGCAAUACCCGCCCCGCUGUCUGAACCGUUCCCAGCCGCCCGGUCCCCGACCCCGGUCCCAUCCUGUCCACCCGUCCACACCCCGGGCCCCAGCAAAGUCAAAGUGGGCAUCCACGACUUCAACUUCCUCAUGGUGCUGGGCAAAGGCAGCUUUGGCAAGGUGCUGCUGGCGGAGGAGCGAGGCAGCGAGCGUCUCUUUGCGGUGAAAGUGUUGAAGAAAGACGUUCUCUUCCAGGACGAAGACACAGAGAGCGCCUUGGUGGAGAGGAGAGUCCUGGCGCUGUCCUCCCGCCCUCACUUCCUCACAUCGCUCUACUGCGCCUUCCAGACUGAGGACCGUCUAUAUUACGUGAUGGAAUAUGUCAAUGGAGGAGACCUGAUGUUUCACAUUCAGAUAGUUGGCAAGUUCAAAGAGCCUCAUGCAGCGUUUUAUGCAGCAGAGAUAGCGGUCGGCCUCUUCUUCCUCCACAGUAAAGGCAUCAUCUACAGGGAUCUAAAGCUGGAUAAUGUGCUGCUCGACAGCGAGGGCCACAUAAAGAUAGCCGACUUCGGGAUGUGCAGGGAGGGCAUGUUCGAGGGCGACACCACUCGCACCUUCUGCGGCACCCCUGACUACAUCGCCCCUGAGAUUGUGGCAUAUCAGCCGUAUAAUAAAGCAGUGGACUGGUGGUCUUAUGGAGUACUGCUGUAUGAAAUGCUGGCAGGACAGCCACCAUUUGAUGGUAUUGAUGAGGAGGAGCUGUUUCAGUCCAUCAUGGAGCAGAGCGUCUCAUACCCGAAAAGCCUCUCUCGUGAAGCUGUCUCUAUCUGCAAGGGACUCCUGACGAAGCACCCGGCCAAGCGUUUGGGUGGAGGAGAGGACGCGGAGAGAGAGAUCAGGGAGCAUCCGUUCUUCCGCUGGAUUGACUGGGACCGUCUGGAGAGACUGGAGAUCCAGCCGCCCUUCAAACCCAGAACUGGUGGAAGAAAAGGUGAAAACUUCGACAAGUUCUUCACAGCGGCUCCGUCAGCGCUCACUCCCUCUGACCCGGACAUACUAGCAGCCAUCAACCAGGAAGACUUCCAGGGCUUCUCUUUCCUCAACCCGGACUUUGCCCCCUCGCCUCUCACCGCCGUUUGAAAAUAGCUCCUGUAACCCCUCUAAUAGCAUCCAAACUGCCCUGUUAUCUCCUCAAUAGUAGUUUUAUAACAGAGAAUUUGAACAUCUGACACCUCUCAUAACCAAAUUCUGACGUUUACAUGAAAAUGCCAAGACACCUUUAUAUCCAUGCACUCUCUUUGAUGUACGUAUCUCAUCUUGAUAGUCACAGAUUUUGCAGCAAUGCCAAUCUUAUAGACUGCCAUCUUAGAGUUUUUUGUAAGACAGUCCUUAACAUGAUAUAAGAGUACUGUAGUAUGAUUGUAGUAUCAUUAUGUACUUCUGUAUGCAUGCAGUGUUUUUAGAAUGACUUCCUCUCACACAUUAGUUUUCUGUAGCAUAGGUUAUCCAAGAAAGAUAUAUAACUUACAACCAGUUUAUUUACAACAUUGUCCAUUGCUUUGAUCAUCAAUCAAACCAAACAAUUAAAAUUUUCCAGUCAGGUAUUUUCUCAUGCAGCUGUCAUUUACAAAUCCAGGUAGUAGACAAAACAAGUCUGUCAUCUUUUAAUCAUUUUGCAGUUCAUGCACACAAGUAAAAAUGUUUUCUGACAGGUCUGUUCCAGUUGAACAUGUUUAAACGUGUUUAAAUGUAUUUAAACACAAGUUCACUAACUCAGCAUCAGACGCACUAUAAUUCUAAAUAUCUGUCUCACUCUGUGUGUGACUGUUGACACUUUGACUAUUAUGCAAACUGAGCAGGUAGCCAUUUUAGUUUUUUUGUUAUUAUUAGACUGACAUCCUGUGGAAGCGCUCAGUCAGGCUCUUCUGGCCUGGCUCGACCUCUCGGUUUAACGUCAUACCGGUGACCUCAGAUGACCCACUGAGACGCUGUAACAACACAGCGGCGGGCACAAUGUGACAGUUAAUGUAGGGAACAGAGCACCACCCACCCC